GUAAUAUAUAGUUUAAAAGCUUAUAUUUGAAUAUUAAUGUUUUCUACGUUAAUUUUUAAUUCAACUUAUAAAAAUUUUCGUAGUUUCAAAUCAUAAAAAUUAAAAAUAAAUAAUGUAAACAAUGCUUUCCGUGCAGUCUGGUAGCAUAGACUGUAGACGUAGAAAAAUCUUGUGCUCUAUCCAAUUUGUUGCAAUUUUUUCUUAAAAUGAGCUUAAAAUAAAGUAGAAAUACCGUAAAAAGUGUUUUUUUUACAAAUAAGUUCGUUAAUAAUGCAAAAAAGUCAAGUGCAUAAACGAACUCCCAAAGUCUAAUACUUUGCAAAGUAACGGAGGAUGUGUAAUUGAGUUGUUGACGUAGGCUGGUGAAAAAUUCUUUGCUGUCUGCUGCAACAACAGCGAUUUGGAAUAUUUACAAUAUUUUGGAUUUUUAUCAAACCUCUAUAUAUAUAAAACCAUAAAAACAUGUAUUCCGAAUGGGUUUCGCUUUCUUCACAAAUCUCGGCAGACAGCUGUGCAGCGCAGUCUUGCAGUGUACUCAAUAAAUUCCCUGCCUCCGCAGGGCGUGAAGUAACAGUAUCUGUCGUACGACAGUUAGCAAGUAAUUUGGGAAUUACACAAAAUGCCGAGCCAAGUCAUUUAGUGCGCGAUGAAGAGGUUAACUGGUGCAUGGAUGUCAUCUGUUUUGGUUUGUCACUACCAUUGCAAGAACAUGAGACCAUAAAAGAUUGCGUAAAUGUCUACUGCGAAUGGCUGACAGCCUUACACCCACAGCCACGAAUCAGUGUACCAAAGCCAAUAUGCGAAGAUGCCAACAUGUACUGUAGGAAAAUCGUCAGCCACUUCCAUAACUUGUUUGUGCCGCGGCAGGGGGAAAUCUUGCCAUUUAUAUAUCAAAAUACGCUUGGUGCCGACACCAUCAAUCGACAGGCAGUGCUAUGUCAUCGGGUCUUACGUACGCUCCAGCAAACGGCACAAAUCUCACAAACAAUGGACCGGAAAACAUGGGAGGCGUUACUACUCUUCUUACUCGCCAUCAAUGAAGUGCUGCUGGCGCCACCCACCGUCAAAGAUGAUGUUGGCGACCAGCUAUGUGAACGUGUGUUAUCUGUGCUCUUCGAAGUGUGGCUCUUGGCCUGUGUGCGUUGCUUUCCUUCGCCGUCACUGUGGAAAACGCUGCAAGAGUCGUGUGCCAUGUGGCGUCAUCGCAUGGCUUUGAUUGAUCAGUGGAAUCGUGUUAAUCUCGCUUUGACGGCACGUUUGCUAGAGUUCACCUAUGGUCCAGCCUUUCCGGAAUUGAAAAUAUCUGAAGAAGAUGCACAGCUCAUACCUGCGGAUAUGACUAAUGACUGUGUGGCACAGACCUGGUAUCGCUUGUUGCGCACAAUUGGCAACCCUACAGCACUGUGCUCGCCGCAUAUUAUCAGCAAAUCGUCACAUUUUAUGCAGUGGGCGCUCACACAUGACAAAGGUGCCGAAACCUAUCAGCAUCCAUGUCUACAGGCGCUGCCACAAAUCUUUCUCAAAGCCAUUAAAGGCAUUUCCAAUCAAGUUGACGCAUUUCUGGGCAUUUACCGACCACCGCCGCAUCAAGCGGAAGACGCAAUCACAAAUUUACUCGAUAUACGCCUCUCACUCAACGAGGCCACAGCCUCAUCGUUUACAACGGGCAUACACAGUUUCUUUCACCACGGCAGCAAUAGCGCACUGAGCUCGGGUGGUGGCGCCGCUGCUGCUGGCACAAACAAUGCACAACAACAACAACAACCACAGCACCACCAUCACCAUCACUAUCAUCCGCACUUGCAUCUACAUGGUGCUGGGCAAUUUUUGCGCGACAACUUCAUCAGCGGUUCGGCCAGCUCAGCCUUGAAUGCUAUUAUCGGGCAUCAUGGCAGCGCCUCGACACCAUCGAGCGCCGGCAUCAAUGCUACCGGCAGCGCAACGGGCAACACCAGCAAUAGUGGCAGUCAAUCGGCUGGUGUGGUCGGUUCCAUCACAUUCGGCACGCCGCUGAAUGCCGUGACCACAACCCAAUCUGCGUCCUCCUCAGCUGUGGAUGGUGCACAACAGAGCGCACAACUACCAUAUUCACCGACACCGCCAUUGCAACGACGUUUGGCGAAGAGUUUUAGCGUAACACCGGCGCUGGGCAACAACAACGUCAGCGCAACGCAACAAAAGGGCUUGAGCAAAGCCGCGCUUAUCGGCAUAACUGGUGCACGUUUAUCCACAACGCAAGCUCCCCUCACACCCACGUCUGGCCCGCCAUCCUCUAAUAGCUUAACAUCGUUACCCUCACUUGGUUUCGAAAACCGCCCUCCAUUGGCGGUGGCUCGUCCCAAAUGCAACAGCAUUUUGCAUUUGUUUGGCGAAUGGCUCUUCGAGGCGGCGCAUAUUGGUGGCGAUGCUUGGUUUUUGAACACGAAAAAACAAGCAACCGAGGCUAGCAAGCGUCCCUCAUCUAUGAUCAUGGAGAAUCGCAAAGGCAGCAUUUCACUCUCACAACCGAAUUCGUUGAACGAUCCGAACAGCUUGCCGCCCUCGUUGACCAUCGACAAGUACGAGUCGGGACGUGCGGAGGCCAUAGGCACACUGUGUAAGAUAUUUUGCGCCAAAAAGACCGGUGAGGAGAUACUGCCGGUUUAUUUGGCGCGUUUCUAUAUGGCCUUGCAGCAAUGCUUGAAGAUAACCGAGGCUAAGGAGUGUGACGAGACAUUGGCGAGCAUUUUGUUGAACUCAUCCGACCUAUUUCGGCUCGAUUUGAAUGGCGUGCAAGUGCUGCUGCCCGGUUUUAUAAGCGCGCUGGAGAUUGUUUUGCCCGAUAAGGAUUUAAAGAUCAAAACGCAGGCAAUGCAUUUCAAUAAAACCGAAUUGCGACGCGCUUCGAUUAAUAUAUUGCUAUCGAUUCUCACGCUACCGUUGCACUUUCAAACGCUACCCAUACGCGAUUUGACGAAUGAGUCCACAGAACGCGUCAUUUCCUUUAUACAACUAAAGCCGCGCUUAAUCAACAUACUCAUGAACGCCUUGCAAGUGGAGACGGAUGCGCAGAACACACACAUGCUGCUGGGCGGCUUGCUCUUGACUGUGCAGGAUGCGGUCACCUUUGAGGAGACAGAAUUGGUUGGCACCGACCACUUGAAUGCCGCAUCACCGACGCCGGGCGACACGAAUCUACUGAGUUCGGCUUGCUCAGAACGUUCCGCAUCGAUAGCCAGCGCGGGCAACUCGAGUCUCGGCGGUCACAGCAAUGCCACCAUUGGUGCGUCGGGCAUGGUUGGUGGCACAUUCGCCGCCGGUGCGGGCGGUGCUGCUGCUGUUGGCGUUGGUUAUGCUGCGCGUGAUAACGUAUCACAACAUGAUUUCCCCAGCCUCACCGUAUCCGAUGAUUUCCCCAUGGAGUUGCUGCAAGAGUUUGAGAGUGCCUCAGUUUAUGAUAAUGCGCACGCCUUGUUCGUACGCGCCACGUAUUUGGUCUGUCAUCGCUUGAUUUCGUCAUGGAAAACCGAUUUGAAUGUUUCAUUGGCCGCCUUGGAAUUGCUCUCCGGUUUGGCGCGUCUACACAUACGCGAUUCAGAAUCCUUAGUUAAAAUUGAAGAACCAAGUCAAAAUUUAACUAUAAUAUCCACAGACGCGUUAGAAUGUAAGCGAGCGGUGAAAUGGAUCUGCGAUUAUAUUUGUUAUCAGUGCUCGCGUCCGCCGCCAGCGCAUAGCAAAGAUUUGCACAGCACCAUUGUGGCAGCCUUCCAGUGCACCUCGGCUUGGCUGAUGCAGCAUCCGUACUUGUUGCAGGACAAGGAUUGUCUGCAGACCGUUUUGGAAGUGGUCGAGCUGGGCAUAUCGGGCACCAAGAGUGUCGGUAAAAGUGGUGACAUACCGAAAUUCAAGGAUGAAAAGGAACUGAAACCCGCCUCGAUGCGUGUGCGUGACGCGGCCGAGAGUUUGCUCACCAUAAUACUCGAACAAGUCGGUUACUUCCCCAGCGAAUGUGGUCCGGAGUCGAUAUCAUCGCUGUUGGAUGAGGUGGCCUUGAUGAAGCACUGUAAUUCGAUGCCUGAUGGCUCUGCUAGUACCGGCAGUGGCACGUCCAUCAACACGGAGCAGGCUAUAGCGAAGUUCAAGUAUUUUGUUACAGAGAAUUCGACGAUAUUGGCGCUUUUGGAGGAGCCGCUGGGCAAUGCGGAAGAUCCACAGCCCACAGUGACAUUGCUCAUACGCGGUCCCUUCGGUCGUCACGCUUGGACCAUGCAAUUGCGUCAUUUGCCACGCAGCAAAUCGGGCACCAAGUAUCACGCCGUCAAUCCUGGUCGUCCCAUACCGAUGAAUGACACGCCGCAACGCAUCGAAUUCGAUCAGAAAUUCUUUCCGGACGGUGUCGAAAAGGUAACACCGUGUGUGGCAGAUUACUCCAUACCGACGCUGGAGCAAAUUCGCGAGCAAUAUGGCACAGAGAACAUACGCCAACUGGAGACCAUGAUUGAGAAUCAGAGUAUUGACGAGAAGUUGGCCUGGGCCGCUACCGAUAACAGCGCAGAUAGCUUAUCGCACGCGCAGGAGAGUGUACCGCCUUCGGUGUGUCACGAAUUUCAGGCGGCGCGUCUCUUUCUGUCACAUUUUGGCUUCUUAACUUUUGAGGAGCGCAAUCCGAAUAAUCCGUCGGAGUCAUUGGGCGCUCCAGCACAACGGCCGCUCAUCGUGCUCGACACAAAACGCAGCCAAUUUGCGCAGGAGCUGGGCACGCUGGACAAAUUGAGCGCGCGCACCUACGACACUGUUCAUGUGUUCUAUGUUAAGUCCGGACAAACAACGGCACAAGAGAUCAUUGGUAAUAUGAGUGAGGAGCAUGUACGCACACUGGACGCGCACUUCGGCAAUAUGCUGCUGACAUUGGGCUGGCCUGUAGAUCUAGAGGAGCACUCCGGCUGGACUGGUUUGGUUAGCACUUCGUGGUCGCUCAAAGGCUCCAAUCAACGCGAAACUGAGAAACAAUUUCACAAUCGCAGCAGCUCAUCGGCAGCCAAUAACGCUGAUCUGCGCUUCAAUGGCGAAUCGAAGGUGCUCUAUUGGGCCGAUGUUAGCUCGGAAAUAGCCUUCGUCGUACCAACCGAAUGGAAUUUGCAUUGCGAAACCGACGGCAGCUGCCUUUCGCUCUGCUCGUCGCACUCCUCUGGCGAUAGUCUGCAAUCGGCUGCUUCGGCGGGCAAUGUUUGGGCGCGCGCCACCGAUGCGAACGCGGACAAUGCGAAAAUACAAAAAUCUCGUAAUCUCUCCUUGGAAUUGGACACCAAGGGCGCAGGCGCGAAGGAACCCGUGCCGCCAACGCGUCGCAAAACAAACGCAAUGAAGCCCUCGUUGCAGGCGCAACCGCCAGCGAAAAUAUUUCUCGUUUGGUUGGAAUCCUUUGAGGAUCACUUGAACUUUCCAAUAGAUGAUCUCCUGGGCUACACACGCACCGGCGAGGAAACCCAAGCUCUCCAGCUGCCACGCGCCAGCGACUGUCACGUCAUAUUCCUGCACGCCUUGCAGUCCGGCUUGCUGCGCGUCAAGUUGCAGGGACCUACGGGACGUAUGAGUUUCGCCACACCUUUGGUGGAUGGCAUGGUGCUGAGUCGGCGCGUGGUGGGCAAUUUGGUGCGUCAGACCGCGCAUAAUAUGGCCAAGCGGCGGCGCUUGGAUAAUGACAACUUCCAACCGCCACACGUGCGCCGCAGACUCAAAGUACAGGAUAUUGUGCAGAAAUACAAAAUGGAUUUGAGUGAACCGGAAUUGCUGGCACAUCUUUUCAAGAGCGCCAUCUAGACGUGUCAACUAGUAUUAACUAAACAUUCAAUGUGCGCCUUCGAAUUUUUUUCGAUUUUUUUUUUGUAAUUUAAUUUUAAGCAUCCCCUUUACUGACCACUACUCGGAACGUUUGCAAGGUGCAGGGCUAUUUAUUUACCAUUAAGUAUUUAACAACAACAACAAAUAAUGUAUUUUGUAUGAAAAUAUGUAAGCUGUUUAAUUGAACUACGCUACGUUUAAUAUUAAUUACAUGCAACUAAUGUAAACGCAAUAAA